UUUAAACUGCUCAAAAUCUGACCGAGUUUCAAGCCCGAUUAAACCUCCACCGAACUCCGGCUAUGGCGGCUGCCGUGUCUCUUAGUACCACCUCAGGCACAGAUGAAGGCGCAGACAGCGGGCCCACAUUUGUCUCUCGACCAUUUAGCUCAAAUCACGACCUCGCUACGGAUAAAGAAAACUUUAUGUCCGGUGACCGUCACCGUUACCCCGAAUUCGCUUCGGUGGAAGAAGACGCCACAUCGGGCCCAGAAUGUCAACGAAGGGUCGAUGAGGAUUUGAUACCACUGAGCCCUGAAGAUAUUGAGAGCCGCUUGGAGAGAACACGUCGGGAGUUUUACAACCGUAGGAAAAUAAUUAUAAAAAAUUUACCACCGGAUGUUACUAAUCAGGAGGUCCAUGAGCUGUUGGGAAACUACGAUUUAAAGUACUGCUUUGUUGACAAAUACAAGGGCACAGCAUUUGUGACGCUCCUCAACGGUGAACAGGCCCAGUGCGCCAUCAAGGAGUUCCACCAGAUUAUGCUACGGGAAAGGGAGAUCUCCGUGCAGCUGCAGCCAACCGACACCCUGCUGUGCAUCGCCAACCUGCCCCGGGCCUUCACCCAGCAGCAGUUUGAGGAGCUGGUGCGACCUUUCGGCAACCUGGAGCGCUGCUUCCUGGUGUACAGCGCCUCUACUGGUCACUCGAAGGGCUACGGCUUCGUGGAGUACAUGAAGAAGGACUCGGCGGCCCGAGCGAAGUCGGAGCUGCUGGGGAAGCAGCUGGGCUCCCGCAUGCUCUACGUCCACUGGACCGAAGUGGGCUCGCUCACAUACCCGCAGCUGCACUCCAAGUGUCUGUGUGUGGACCGGCUGCCCCCAAACCUCCUGACUGCCCAGGAUCUCCGAAACGCUUUGGCCGACACCCAUUCUCCUGUUUUCUGCCAGUUGGCUCAGGGGCAAGAUGGGAGUUUCCGGCGUUUCGCCGUGCUGGAGUUCGCCACUGCGGAGAUGACUGAGGAGGCGCAGCGACUCGGAGACGGCCGGCUGCUGGGCGGGACGCACAUCAGGGUGUCCUUCUGUGCCCCCGGCCCUCCUGGAAGAAGCAUGCUGGCUGCACUGAUCGCUGCCCAGACAAUGGCUGUGAACAGGGGUAAAGGUCUCCUCCCUGACCCCACAGCCAUGCAGCUCUUCACCGGUCUUAAUAACCCUGCUACUCUCAAGAUGCUGCUCAACACUUUGUCACAGGGACACAAACAGGGUCUCCUCGGAGCGGCCCCUGCCAUCCCACUGCUGCCCAACCCCGCCCUGUCGGCGGCCCUGCUGCAGCUGCUCCUUCAGAACCAGGCUAAGGCCCAGCAGCAGGCAGGACUCAUCGGGGACAAUCCUCUGGCUGCUCUGCCCGUCCAGCAGGGAGUCCAUCUGCUUGGAGAGCUCCCUCAAGGCGGCAUGGUCCCAGGUCUGGCUCUGCAGACGGAGGCUGUGCCCUCUCUGAAGCCAGGGUCUCUUGGCAGAGGCCUAAUGAGGGAGCAGGAUUCCCCCACAUCAGCGUGCAGCUUCCCUCAGACUCCCUCUUGCUCCCUACCAGGCAUUUCCUUACCCCUGAUGGGUGGCAUGAUGGGGGCAGAUGGUCUCACAGCACAAGGAGUAUCGAUGCUAGGGGAUCUUCCUAAAGAGAUGAACCUUCCUCAGAGCGCCUUUCUCAAUGCCAAUGUUUAUCCUUCAGCAGCGAGCAGCAGGUCUCACCCCUACAGGAAGCGGCCAACACUAAACGUGUCUAACCAGCACACGCAUCACAACAUGCAGCCCAACUACAACCUGCGUUACCAGGACUCAUACAGCCCCGAGUAUCCUCCUCCUCUACAGCAGGAUACCCUGGCCUACUUGUACGAACAGCAGGAGAACCUCGACGUUGGAGCAUUGGCAGGAUUUGGUCAGCAGUUUUCCCAUCAACCCGACUACAGUGAGCACUUUUCCCACUACGCUUGUCCAAGCAGCCCACCCCUCUCCUCGUACUUCAGCUCAGGACCAGAAGCCAGCAGCAAUGGCAACCUGCCUGCCACCCACCUCAACAAGGCUGUGGGAAUGCCUCCAGUAACCCACAGCGCCCCCUACUCUCCAGGCCUAGGGAAUGUUAUGAAGACCCCAAUGAGCAGCCAGAAGCGCGUUUUUUCCCGCCUGAUCCCAUCUCCGGAGCCAAGCCCAGAGGGAGGCUAUGUGGGCCAGCAUUCCCAAGGCCUUGGCGGCCAUUACGCGGACUCCUACCUGAAGCGAAAGCGUAUAUUCUGAGUAUUGUAUGUUGAGCCAUUUUUACAUUUGGAACAAAGCGGGAUCUCCUUGUAAAGGAUGCAAAGCCCCCUCACCCCGGGUUGUCCUCGGAUCUGUUUGCUCCUCAGAGUGACCCCCGGAGGGCGCUGGCGAGCGCAGCUUGUUGUCUGGACAGUGGGAACUCUGUAUGGUGUGUGGGUUUUUUUGUUCUUCUCUGCUCCAUGUAAGUGUGUUUUUAUUUACCAUUUUGUAAAUUAACUUUUAAAUUCUUUUAUUUUGUGUAUAACUUGUACACUGAGGGGGAAAAAAAACAAGAAGCAAAUGUUUUUUUUUGUUGUUCUUGCAUGAAGUGUGAUGUGCUAGUAGCUACAGAUUGUUUUGGCCAGUUUACAGCGCUGCUUCUUGAAUAUUUGGCUGUUGUACUGUUCACACUUUCCAAAGGGACAUGCAAAGUAUUAAAAAAUGAGCUUUAUCUCAGGCAUUUUUUUGAAAUUGCCUUUAAAAAUGUAAAAAGUUCAAUAUUUUUUCUUUCUACUACAUGGUUUUGUAUUUUACUGUAAAACUGGUUCCAGGCAGGUUUUUCUUUGCUCAACAUGCAGCUUUCCAUCCACCAAUGAUGAGUUGUGUAUGUCUGAUGUAUUAUGAAACAGCUGUGAGUCUGGGGCUGUUUCUCUCUCUCUAUUUUUUCUUAUUUUUUUUCUUUUUUUUUUUCCUGAGGUCUCUCACAUUGUUCUUCUGGUUUCCAGAAUCUGUUUUCAGCACUGCUUGUCCACCUGGGAGGGCACAGGUCACUGUCGUAACCUCUUCUCACUUCUAAACGAUAGUUUCGUACUCAUCUCUCCACAAAUCAUUAGUUUUCUUUGGGGAAGGGCAGGAUAUUUUAUUUUAUUUUCUUACUUGUUGGUAUAGUUUACUGACUGGGCCAACUGUAGAUGGAAACGUUUUCUGCUAUCAGGUUGGACAACUUGUCUUGAUGAGCCUUAAAUAUUGGAGGCAGCCUGUGUUUGUUUUCAUUCAGUCGGGGGACAUGCUAAUAGAAACUAAUCACUGAUUAGUCUAAAACAUAACUGUCUUUUUUAUUUAAUUUAUGGUUGACAGUUUGAUUGUGAAAACCCAUUACCUCUUACUUCUGCUAUAAAUGCAGCUAUACUUGAGCCUUAACGUUUUCUGUAGUAAUCAUCCUACUCUGUUGGUUUCCAUCUACAUUUUCUAUUUCUGUGUUGUUUGCUGUGUAAAUAGUUGAAGCUUGAUUUAUUUUUAGAGUCCUGAAUGUAAUUUCUUUAUUCCUACCUGUGGUCAGGUGCUUUUUACAUUUUUUUAUUUUAUUUUGUUUUAUUUUUGAAUGAAUUUUUCUGCUUCGUGUUUCGGUUGUCGUGCUCCCGGUACGUUUGAAAAAUGACGUUUUGAAGAGUGGCACCACAGUAGACUGUUCAUGUUGUGUAUGGACCAAGAGAUGCAGCUUUUUACUGUGCGUUCAUCAGCCGAUUUUACAAAUUAUUUGGUUCCACUGCUGUGUCCUCAUCUGUACCACCAUGAUUGCCUCUGUAUGUUAGUGUGACAUACGCAAGUAAAUGUUAUUUAAAUCAAUUACA